UAUGAACGUGUAAGCAAAGCGGGGAGGGGGGGAGCGAGCCGCGGCUUUUGGGGGGGGCGCGCGCACAGCGGGAAGGAGCAUGUCUGUGGCCAGAGCCAAGAAAGUGAAGAUGGCCACCAAGUCCUGUCCGCAGUGCGACCAACAGGUUCCUGUGGCCUGCAAGUCCUGUCCCUGCGGUUACAUAUUUAUAAGCAGAAAACUUCUCCACGCCAGACAGACGGAGCGCAUACACCCCACGUCAGAAAACAGAUCCGAUCCUAAAAGAAGGCGAACGGAAAGGAUAAAAAGGGAGCGGAUCAUCUCUACAGUCAGUAGGGACCUGGAGAACAGGCGGCGGUCGAGAUCCAAUAGCCAAUCGGAAGCAGUGCGCCGAGGAAGGGGGCGGCCGAAAACGGUUACAUCAAAGAAACCGGAAGAGGAGAAAGCGGCGCCUGGAAGCCUCAAGGAGACCGGAUUUGACAGACCGUCGGCAGGGAGCAGCGACGAAUCCAGAUCAUUGAGAGCAGACCGCGGGAGUAGGAGGCAGCAGGGGAUGGGAGAAGAAAAACAAGAGAAAGAAGUGGAUAUGUAUGCCAACCUCUCAGAUGAAAAAGCGUUUGUAUUUUCCGUUGCACUAGCAGAAAUUAACCGGAAAAUCCUCAAUCAAAGACUUAUCUUGUGACCUCCCUUCCGUCCGGCUGGAGGGGACGGUCACUACAGGUGCAGUCCUGACCUGUACAGGACAUUACAGACGGCUCCCUGCACUACAGACUUUGUAUUUUCUACCGUGUCCUACAGCAAUAUUCUAUUUUGCACACGGGGGCUUUUCGUCUUUCUCUUCGUUAUAAAUCUCAGUGAUUUUAAUCCUUUUUUUUUUUUUUUUUAUUUAGAAGAGGAAAUCGCUCCGGCACGGCCGCCAAACUUGGUGUAUUUAAACGCUUGUUAAAUAUGUAUCACAAUUUUAUAAAUGAAAAGAAAAAUAGAGCCUGACAAAUGUACAGUUUAUAUAACGUUUAUAUAUUAAAUGGAUGUUGCUUUUUGAAAA